GUUUUUGGUAAUAACUAAUAAUACAAUAAGAGAAGUCAAACCUUAAUUAUGCUUUUUUGUUUUUGAUAAUAACUAACAAUAAUAAUACAAUAAGAGAAGUCAAACCUUAAUUAUGCACACUUUGUAGUUUGUAUUGUAAAGGGGAAAACCGAUAAUUUCGAUUCCCAAAUUAAAUUAUUUCCAAAUUUCGCUAAAAAGUCUCCUCGUUAUCAGCCCACCGACCUAGCGGCGCGCCCUAUUUCCGAAUUCCGAAUAUAUACGGGAUUUGGCCCAAAAUUCUUCUAUAUAUACAGAUUUAGGUUUCUUUUUUUUUCUCUUCCAAUCAACCCCUUUAGAAUUUGUUGCCCUAAUUUGUUUCCGACGGAGAUGGAUCAACAACAACACCAAUAUUUUCCGCAGCAAUAUACUCCGACGACGUCGCUGCCGCAGCAGCAAUGGACGGCGGCGACGUCGUAUCAACAACAGCAACAGCCACAGCAGCAGGUCCCGCAGAUGUGGUACCAGCAGCAGCAGCAGCCGAUGGCGGAGGCGGCUCCUCAGGAUCCGGCGGCUCAGCCGUCUGGUGCUGGUAAACCCGCCACUUUGUGGAUUGGGGAUUUGCAGCCCUGGAUGGACGAGAAUUUCCUUGUCCAAUAUUUCUGUAAUACAGGAGUUGUAAGCGCCAAGGUGAUAAGAAACAAACAAACGGGUCUGCCGGAGGGCUAUGGAUUUCUCGAAUUCCGGAGUCUCGCCGAUGCCCAAAACGUUUUACCAUUUAAUGGCUCGGUGAUACAGGGGACCCAACAUCGCUUGCGGUUGAAUUGGGUGUUCGAUAAAUCAUCGUCGUCGUUGUCACCCGAAUUCGCCAUAUUUGUUGGGGAUUUGGCUCCUGAUGUGACGGAUUUCGUUCUGCUGGAGGCAUUUAGACCUUUGUACCCUUCGGUGAAGGGUGCAAACGUUGUGUUCGAUAAAAUUACCGGACGAUCCAAGGGCUAUGGUUUUGUUAAGUUCGGGGACGAAAGCGAACAGAAUCGUGCGUUGGUUGAGAUGAACGGUGUUCUUUGCUCUACCAGGCCUAUGAGAAUUGGCCCGGCUACUAACAAAAAGGCGGUUGCGGUUCAUCCAUAUCAGCAGCAGCAGCAUCAGAAAUCGCCUCAGGGCGAGAGCGAUCCGAAUAACACGACAUUGUUUGUUGGUGGAUUGGAGGAUUUUGUGGCUGAAGAAUACUUGAGGCAGUUGUUUGGGCAGUAUGGUGAAGUGGCUCAUGUGAAGUUGCUAGUAGGGAAGCGGUGCGGGUUUGUUCAGUUCACAAACAGGGCUCAUGCAGAGCUAGCAUUGGUCAGUUUGAAUGGCUUCUAUGUGGGAGCACAACCCAUUCGGGUUUCUUGGGGACGUAGCCCUGCCAACAAGCAGUCCAACUUUGAUGAGCACCAGCAGACCCAAGGCGCUGGUGGCCGUGGUGGAUACUAUGACCACACAUCUAUUCCGCUUGACCAAUACCCAGCCCGAUACUCAAGCGGAAACUGGGUCAGCUAGUUUAGAGUCAGGGGACAGGCACCUGCGGUCGCGUUUCUUACCGUUAUUGUUUUUUUUUUUUUUUUAAUUUAGUCUAGGAAUUUGAGUUGUUAGGUAGAGAUCAUAGAAUUUACUAAUAGAUGAUGCUCAUAAGAAUUGUAAUCACAUAUACAUAUAUGAUGAUAUAUAGAAGUUUAUGAGCUUUCAUUAUAUAAAUUUUUUGCUCUUUGUGAUUGAUCAUUACUUGACUCCACCACUGGUGG